AUGGUCCGAGAAGGUCAUAAUGCAACAAAAAUUUCUCUUAAUAUCGUACUAACACUAUCACGUAUCACAGCCGUACUUUGUGGUGACUGUUUAUCACCCAUAGAAACAACUCAAAUAGCUAAAAUGCCAGCUUCAAAAAGAUCUCAGCGAAAUCGACGAGAUAUCAUCAGGAAUGUCGAUCUACCAGACUCGUCACCGUCUCGUCCUGCAAAAAGGCGAAAAAAGGUGGAUGAACCAUUUGAAAACGAAAAUUCGCAAUUUGAUAAGCUCCCUGGAAACCGGGCAGAAAUCCCAAUGAGCGACGAAGAGCUCAUCUCCGCAAUCGUCCCUACGCUUCUUGUGCCCUCUCAUACAGUACAAGCUACACACGAUCACGCAAAUGCAUUACAUAUAAGGCACAGCAAGCAAGGUGUGCAAGCAUACGCUAAAUUAGCCGGAAGAGAUUGGACCUUUUAUGUAAAGAGGCUCAAGAAUGUUAUUGGCCGCCCCCCAGAAGGAUGCUUAGCUCCUGAACCAGCACCCGAAAUAAAUGGUGUGGUUGAUGAAUCUUAUGAAGAUAGUAAUACCGUUCAUGUUGAUCUUGGCCCGAGCAAGACCAUCUCUCGAACUCACGCCGAGAUUUCGUUCGAUUCAGACUCGGAACUCUGGAAAGUAUGUGUACAUGGACGUAAUGGAGUUAAAAUAAACAAUCAAGCCCUAAAGCGAGGUGAUUCCCACGCUCUUGUAAGUGGUGAGGUAAUCGAGAUCGGAGGGGUCGAGAUGAUGUUUGUUCUGCCUCAGCAAGAUGGUAGCCUUCAGAUUUCAAAUUAUUAUUUGAACAGAGCUGGACUUAUCAUGAUGCCGGAAGAAGAGAAAUUAACUAGGUCCCAGCAAGAAUUAAAAUAUAAGGAUGAAAAAUCGUCCAAUAAUCACGAUCAGAAUGUUCCAUCAAGUGGUCCGCUUAUUAACAUACCCGUGCAACCCGAAUACAAACGCCCAGAAACCCCAGUAAGUGUUGGAGCAAAGGGACCUUAUCCACCCGGAAAGAAUACUCCAGGUGGUAUUGCAGGAAAUACUAUGUUUAUGAAUACUGAUGACAUCGAUCUCAGUCAAGAUUCUAAUCAACAUAUAAAGCCUUCCUAUAGCUAUUCUCAGUUAAUAAGUCAAGCAAUACUGGGAACAGAGGAUGAGAAGUUAACGCUCAAUGGCAUCUACAAUUUUAUAAUGGAAAAGUACGCUUAUUACAGGCACCAGCUAGGAGGCGGGUGGCAAAAUUCCAUACGUCACAACCUUUCACUCAAUAAAGCGUUUGAAAAAAUUGCAAGAGACACAAAUGAGCCUGGAAAGGGAAUGAAAUGGCACAUUAAAGACGAUCACCGCGACGAAAUGGCAAGACUCGCGGUUCGUGGUGGCAGAGGAGGCCACCGAGGCUCUCUAGGCUCACCAGGAAUCCUACACAGAGGAUCCCGUAACUGCACAGAUUAUUCAGCCCGUCGUCAGAAAAAGUCAUCACGCUCAGGCUCCCCCAAUAACUCAUAUCUAUUACACGCAUCUCAUCUCACACCAGAUCGUAAUGCAAAAGUAAGCCAGUCUCUUCCUGACAAUCUUCCGGGUGAUGGAAGCCCUCUGCCACGCCAUUGUCGCUCUUAUGGAUUGUCCGAUAAUGUUCCCGGGUCGCCCCCUACUUUAUCGUCAAGUUAUAUGCCAGAAGAUAAUACGACCUUCGUUACCCCCGCUCCACAUCGUGUCCAUCCAAAACUUGCCCCACCAAGCACCGCACAAAGACCAAGUCAACAUAUGCCCACCAGCUCUCCUGCGCCCUUCUGGAAAUAUGCAGAUAUCGGAAAUACACCAAUGAAAGGUGGUCCAUUCGAUAGUAGUCCUGUUAAAGAUCCCAGCCUUCGAGUCCCAGCUAGCAGUAGCCCUGCACCUGCAAAGAGCCCGACAAGAAAUAAUAACACUAGCGCAAGUGCAGAGCUCAAAGUCUUACCCACGUCUGUUGAAGAGGUUGAAGAUGACGAUCAAGGAAUAGAUUUGACAAGGGGAUUUCAAAGUAUCGGUUCAUAUCAUGCGCCUAUGACAAUUGUAGUACCUUUAAGCAACUCUGCUGUCCGACUUUAA